AUACAAUGCUGGUUUUACAAUCAGAAUAACACCACGUUUGACUAGUGCAUUCGAACAGUUUAUCGUUGAAUAAUGUUAGUGAACUAAGAAGACAACAAGACCGCGCAAUUCAAAAUGGCUCUGUUUGUUAAGUCUAUUAAAGGCUGUGUGACUCUUCGGCGUCCGGCCGUUUUGAUGAACAAACGUUUUGCUUCAAAGUCUGCACCCGGUUUCUGUUUUGAACCAUCUCCUGAACAGUUGCAACUCCAAUUAUUGGCUAGGCAAUUCUCUCGCAAAGAAAUGGUGCCUGUGGCUGCUAAAUAUGACAAAACAGGAGAAUAUCCGUGGGACAUAAUCAAAAAAGCUCAUAGACUAGGGCUCAUGAACAAUCAUAUCCCAAAAGAACUUGGUGGAGCUGAUAUUGGAUGUUUGGAAUCGGCCAUCAUUCUGGAAGAACUUGGCUACGGAUGUUGUGCAAUGACCACUACUAUCAACGUCAACAACUUGGGCCAAGUUCCAAUUGUCUACAAUGGUAACAAAGAGCAGCAACGCAAGUAUUUGGGCCGGAUGGUUGAGGAGCCCCUCAUUUGCGCUUUCGCUGUUAGUGAGCUGAACGCAGGUUCUGAUGUGGCCAAUAUCCAAACUACAGCUGAAAAAAAGGGCGAUCAUUACGUUCUCAAUGGGAAGAAGGUGUGGAUUAUCAACGCCGGCCAUGCAAAUUGGUUUUUCGCCUUGGCUAGAACAAACCUCGAUCCUAAAGUUCCAGCUCAAAAAGCUCUGUCUGGUUUCAUCGUUGAUCGUGAUACACCCGGGGUUAUUUUCGGACAGAAGGAAAGCAUCAUGGGACAGAGGACUGUCGAUACUCGUACUAUCACAUUCGAAGACGCAUUAAUUCCAAAAGAAAAUCUUCUAACUGGUGAAGGAGCCGGUUUCAAAAUUGUGAUGGGAGCUUUUGACCGCACUCGACCCACAGUAGCAGCCACAUCUACCGGAUUAGCCCAGAGAGCUUUAGAUGAAGCUACUGGACAUGCUGUGAAUCGACACACUUUUGGUGUUCCUAUUGCCAAACAUCAGUUAGUGAUGAGUAUGCUGGCUGAAAUGGCCAUGAGUAUUGAAAUGGCACGUUCGGCUUGGAUGAGAGCUAGCUGGGAACUGGAUCUAGGAAGGCGAAAUACUUAUUACGCUUCCAUAGCUAAAGGUUUAGCGGCUGAUGUUGCAAACAAAUGCGCCACUGAUGCUGUUCAGAUUUUUGGCGGUAAUGGAUACUGCACCGAAUAUCCAGUUGAAAAGCUGAUGAGGGACGCAAAAAUUUAUCAAAUUUACGAAGGAACUGCCCAAAUCCAGCGUCUUAUUAUUGCUCGAGAACACAUUGCUCGCUCUUAUAAUCCUUCGCAUUAAUCUUGGACGUCCCAUUAAAACCAGCAGUUACUCUUUACUAGACAAGCAUAUACAACUAUUCAAAUUA